AUGAUUGCAUUAAUCUGUAUCUUCAUUAUAUGUUGUUAUUCACAAAGAAAACGUCGUCAACUCCUUAUGAGAUAUGCAACAACAACAACAAUAGCGCCUAAUAAUGAACCAUCAUCAAAUUUAAUUCAAAAUUUAUCAGACAGUAAUAAUCAUUCAAUGAAUGUAACUAAUCCAAUCAAUAUAACAUCGAUUCAUCAAAAUUACCCUUCAUAUCAUCCACAAUUCAUAUGUGAAUCAACAUUACUGUCGAAAAGAUUUUUAUCACCACAAUUUCAUCAUAAUCUAAAUGGAAGGAGAGUAUUAGCUCAUUAUGAUAAUGAUAAUAUCACCAGUAAUAUUCCACAAGGAGUCUGUACAGUCAAUACAAAUCAAGUAAAUAUGAAUCAAUACAGUGGACCAGUUAUGAUUUAA